GGAAGAGAAACCGUUGGAGUGUGUUGUUCAAGGUGCAAAGGGACAGAGUGUGGUGUUGAGGUGCGGAUGGAGUGUGGCCAGAGUAGCAGGGAGAGUAUCUGUGCCAUGACGUAGCCAUGACCUCGCACCAGGAACACCAGCAAGCCAAAUCCAGCCAGCAGCACUCCUCAUCCAAGGACAAAAGCCUCACUGCACCCCAACACAACCCUCUUGCAAAGAACAAAGACUAUGGUUACAGCUUCAGUGAAAGUGAACCUGAUGUAAGCACCUCCAAUGAAAAUCUAAGCCCGGAGGAACGUUAUGCCCUAGAGCACACCCAGCGACAGGAGCCUCAGGGUCAGGAGAAUGUUAGCAGCACUGCCACCACCAUGGCCAACACACAGACUCCUGAUUCACUGAUGAGUGGGGCAUCAAGCAUGUCCAAUCACAGGUCCAAUGAUUGCAAUGCCUCCAUCAGCAGCAGCACAAACACCCUGAUCAUCCACAACUCUGUCAAUGAUGACUCAUGGCACUACCGCUGGGGUUUUGGAGGAUAUUCAGGCUCAGGCAGGAAGUCCAUGUCUGCCAGUCUCCUGGAUGGGCAAGACACAGGACCUUCGCAGUAUACCAGUCAAGCUCACCAACUCAACAUGGAAUCUCUCAAACUCAACUCCUCUCUACUCAACACACCUCUCAUCGAGUCAUCGGCGGGCAAGGCAAACCUCCUGUCUUCUACUCUACUUAACUCCUCACUCCUGGACUCCUCAGUGCCGUCUCAGAAAUCACACGUGCCUUACUUGAACCACAGCAGCAUUCCGGGCUCCCCAAAGCUGUCCUCCCGUGCAUCCAUGAACUACCAAACUUCCACUGACCUGCCGGAUAUUCCCUCCUCAUACCUGGAUCAGUCUGAGGUUCUGAAGCACCUCUUGAAGCGUGAGGGGAAGGGGAGUGGAUGCAGUGACCAGAGUGCAUCGUCCUCAAACAGUGGUAUCAAUCUGAUCACGGAAAAUGGAAUGAUGACCAGAGAUUUGUCGCAGGCUCCUUUAUAUUUUAGAGAUUUUGAUUCUAGUGGAAGUUAUGAUCUGUUGAAUUUACCUCCUCCGCCGGCUUAUCCCAUGUGGCGGUCAAAGCAAUCUGAGAAGCCGGAGAGACAAGGGGACUUUGGGAAUCAUUCUGUUGAAAAAGCCAGCUUGUCAAAGUCCCAGCCUGAUCUGACGAGGAUAAAUAAUGCCAAAGAUGCCUCUAGUCCCAAGGAGCUGCUGAGUCAGAGAGUUGUGUCAGGACAGACUGAUUAUGCUGAAGGUCCCAUGCAGGAAGUAGCAGAUUUACUGGCUCAAGAAAAUAGUGCCUUGAAGAUGGAAGUGGAUAUGUAUCAUAGAAAAGUAGCAAAACUUCAAAGGUUUGAGAUGGAGAUUGUGAAAGUUCACGAGGCCCACCAGGCAUUGGUGAAGUCAUCUGAGCGGCGGGAGCAGUUGGAGCGGCUGGCCCGGCACAAACUGCAUGCUGAAGUGAAGCGACUGACUGAGCUGAACGCUGACCUCAAGGACCAGGUUGAUGUCCUCAGCACUCAGAUUUCUAACCGCCCUGUGUCCACCGACAACAGCGAUGCACUCCGCAAGGAACUGAAUAAAAGAGAUGUCUUAAUAGCACAGCUCAUAUCACAAAAUAAAGAGCUGAUUGCUGCAAAGGAACGACAGGAAAUUGAGUUGACUGCCCAGAAGCAAACUUUGAAUGAACAGCGGUCACACAUUGACAUCCUGGAUUCUGCCUUGACCAACGCUCAAGCUAAUGUUGUCAAGCUCGAAGAGGAGUUGCGAAAGAAGCAGAACAUUGUGGAGCAAGCAGGACAGCUUAAACGCUUUAUAGUCUCCCUUCAGUUGGCAGCUGACAAGAGGGAACAGUCGGAGAAGAACUUGCGUUAUAAGUUAGAGAAAGAAGUGGAAGCACUGCGUCUUGGCUCCAAACAGGAAGAUCCAGGGAGCAAGAUAAGUGACUUGCAACGUGAGCUUCGGGAGAAGGAAGAAAAGAUCAUGAUUUUGGAGGGCGAGGUCACCAAGUGGGAGCAACGGUAUCUUCAGGAGUCAGCGAUGCGGCAGCUGGCCAUUGAUGCUGCGUCCAUGCCCAAGGACACGAAAAUUGCCGCAUUGGAGAAGAGCAACCAUGAGAGUGAGCGCUCCUUCAGUCAAGCCAAGUUGGACAAGCUGCGUCAGAUGGAGGAGAUUCACAACAUGAGUAAGAAGCAGGCAGAGUUUGAAGCAAGAAAUAGGGAAUUAGAAAGCCACAUUGCAGAACGAGAUGCAAUGAUAAGGGCUUUGCAGCGAAGAGUUGAAGAGAAAGAGGUUUUGUAUCAGAAGGCUCUCAUGAGGACAACACUUAGCAGUGGAAAAAGCUUGGAUUGCCAGAGCAACAGCAGCACCAGCAUGGGUCACAGCACACAGGCUUCCACAGUGCACUCCCACAGCAGCAGUGGGCUGGGCUGUGCUGGGGUCGGCUCCAGCACCCCAGUGACUCUUGGGCAAGACCUGCACUCCCUUGGCUCCCUUGGCUCCAUUAGCCGGCUGCAAGAGUCAGGAGCUGAAGGAAGGAGAAUGGAUAAUGGUGAAGGAGGAAGCCAGUCUGCAGCGGCUGGCUUGAAGUCCGAGGCUCCAGGUUCUGAUGAUCUGCUCCUGGAUAAUGAAGAUCCAGUCCUUGGGAAGCUGCGUGUGGUGUGUUUUCCAGGAUUGGUUAAUUCAAGCUCUGCAGCUGGAGAAGGCUCGGUUUCCCAGUCACUAUUGGCGAGUGUAGAGAUUCGUCCCUCAAUGCUGCAGCCUAGUCAGCAUCCUUCAAGUGAUUUAUCUCACCCUGGUCUGAAUAAGGGUUCAGAGUAUCCAAGUACUGUGCAGACCAGUUCCUAUAAUGAUGUGUCUGGCCUCUCUCAUCCAAAAUAUGAUUCUCCACCUGCAUAUGCUGCUGAAGCCUCACCCAUGCUUCCCUUGACGAGAGACUUAUCAGCCUUGAGUAUGGCACAAUCACAAAAUCCAAAUUCAUUGAGCCAUCCAUCAGCCACUCAUCCUCGAGGUGAUCCACCGCCAUACCAUGGUCACCAUGAGGUGCUACCACAGCAGCCACCCAGUACUGGGCUGCAGGCACAUUCUUUUUAUCCCACUGAGCAGCCAACACCUUUACUGUCAGAUACCUCACCUGGUUGCAUAAAACAAGAAAUGGUGUCUCCAAGCUCUCCCAGUCUUUCAAUAGAUGUGCCAUUACCUAGGCCACCCAUGUGUCGCAGUCCACACCACCCGACUGUUGCCUGCAGGAAAUGCAAUAGUGUACGCAGCAGUAACAGACAAAAUGCUGCUAUUCUUGUGCGCCGUGCCAAUUCAAGUGUUGGACACAGCUACAGAAAAUCUGCACCUAUGUCAGCAUGUCAGACAGAGAUAGAUACAGAUGACACACCAAGUAUAUUAGCUCGUCUUAGAAGGGAAUGGGAAAUGGGAAAUAUUCCAUCAGUUGAGAGCUUACCAGUAAAUGAGGCAGACUCACCAUCCCACGGCAUGUCAAAGAAUAAUCCUGCACAAACCAAAGACCAGCGGAGAAAGGCCUCAGAUGUCAGAGAAUUCUCAUGUCAAGAACAACAUGUGUCCUCAGCCAAUGUGAAAGGAAAGGCAGCACAACGAAGUGAUAUGCAAAGUAACAAAUCGCCUGAGGCUCAGAAAAAGGAAUUUGAUUUGUCACAUCCUAGGGACAAGUUAGUAAAAGGUAAGUCCCUCCAACAAGAUCCGGUGCCACUAGAGGCUCAUUCACCACAAGACAAAACUUUAGUUAAAUCAAAAUCUUUGCCAUCUAGUGACACCAGUGAACCUCCUUUAGCUUCACCUACAUCACCUAAAACUAAACAGAAACUGUCCAACAGAAUACAAAACUUAUUCAGUCCACUGCAUGGAUCUGCCUCUUCUUCCCAGACACCAGCUAAUAAAAGCACUGCAAGAGAUUAUCUUAAUAACAGAGUUAAUGAGGAACAUUAUAAGAAAAAUGACAUGAACUACUUCAAUAAUAACCAAGAAAAUAAAACAGAGCUCAUAAUUUUGGAAGAUGCAGAUAAACUCAAAACUUCAAAGGAUAUCACAAAACCACUACAGGAUGUUAUCUGAUAUUUGAUCUUCAGUUGGAUUUUGUGACAGAAUCUUGAGGAGUAUGUUCUCCCAGCGAGAUAUGAAUCUCAUUGCUCAUAACUCCUAGAAAGUGAAGGUUACUGAGUUAACUCUUCAUGCAGAUAGCCUGUGGUUGAGUGUUUCAAGUCAUGGGGUCCAAUUGAAGGUCCUUGUAAGACUCAUUGUUUCCAUGAAAAGUUGCUUUCUUUUCAUGUAACAUGCAGCUUUUAGAAGGAUGAUGAAAUCCUUUCACACAAAGCUUGAUAAAUAUUAGCAGGAGCUGGUGACAAGUGUUAGCUCUAGUGAUGGAAGCAGUUCGUCCUGUAACAGUUUGAUCAAACGUUUCACAUCCAGUAAAACUAUUACAGGCAAAAAUAUUUCAUGAAUUAUGUAAAACACCAAAGGGAAGGAUUUAUUUUUAUUAUUACUAUUGUUAUUCAUUUAUUUAUUUUUUAUUUAUUUUUUAUUAAUUAAUUUUCUCAUGAGUUUACUGUAAAAAUACGUUUGGCUAGCCGUGUUCAAAUAAGAUUGUUGCUCAAUUUACACUUUAGAAAAAGUACCUCCAUAGUAUAUUAACAUAUUACUAGAGAACCAGGUUACUAGAGCAAAUGUAAGUUUUAGGCUUCAAAUGACACUUCCCUUGAGUUACUGGGUGUGAUGCAUUAGUUAUUUUCCAAGCAUAUGAACCUGAGGGUUGUUUGGGGAUUGCAUAAAUCCAAACUACAUUUUAUUCUGAUGCAGGACUUGAGGUAAUGAAGAGUGUGUAGAGGGAGCAAAGACUUAUUAAUGGUUCCUAAUACAAACUGGUCAGCAAUGUGGUUGCAAGCUUUUAGUAUUUAGCAAUGUGCCAAUAUUAUGUGACUGAUUUGUUCUGGUUGGUGACUGACUGUACCUCAAGUUGAUCCAACGUGGCCUUAAAGUGUCAUGUUUUCUUCAUAAAGCCAAUGUGUGACUGGCAGAGUGUUGGCUGAGCUGCCUUGGAUGUUGUGGUGGGACUGUACAAGUCUUCAUUUUGUAUACCCUGAUGGAACUUAAGUUUUUUUUUCCCUUUCUCAAAUGCAUACAUAGUUAUUGAGUGUCCUAUCUUGGUUCCACAGUAGUAGGGUUAUGUGACACCACUCAGGUACAAAUGCAGGAAUGCACUUAACUCAAUAAAGUUGUAUAUCAUUGAAUUAGAGGUAGUGAAAAUGCAAUAUAAUGUACCAAUUCUGGACUGAGGGAACAGAAACUCAGUGGUAGGGAUGAUAGGUAAGCUGUUGUGAAUGCAUGAAGGGAGACAGUCUCAUUGAGAGGUCCUCUGGCAUCUAGGGUGAUCAGCUGAAUGAUUUGGGUGCAAGAGGAGUAAGUCUAUUGUGAUGCAUCAGUGAUAAUCCAGCUCUGCCGUUGGGGGGUCUUUUUGCGUGUUUUGUUACUGCCUCGUCAUGUACAACAUGUUUACUUAGGUAUGAGUACAUUCCUGCAUUUGCAUUAAGUAAAUACAGCAUUGUUCAGUGUAGCAAAGCUGAGGCAGGCUGUGACUUUAUGAGAAGCAUAUGUUACUUUAUGGUCAUACUGAAUCAAUGAGGUGUAAUGCUUCAUAGAAUGAGUUACUGUGUGGAGACAAGGGUGUUGCCCUGCCCUCCUUGGUGUGUUCUGUCAUCCUUUGAAUAUGAAUCACUGCAGUGGUACUCUUGGCUAUGUCUGAUACUUUAAAAGCUGUCAAUUUUGUUGGACACUAGGUUAUGUGACUCUUGGUUUGAGUGAAACAAUGUUCCUUUUGCAUUAUGUAUUUGAAAAUAGUAGGCCAUCAGUAUGCACUUCUGGAUUUUUAAUGUGAUCAAUGGUUCUUUAAUUCAUCUGAAUUAUCUGUAAUCUCAUGACCGCACUUUAUUGAAAAGUUAAACCUGAAUUGUAAAUUUUUGUCUUGUCUUAUCACUGUUAUGGUGGUGAUGGUUCGUAUCAAAGUUUCAGUGCUGCAUCUUCGUAAUUCCUUCUAUCUCAGCAUUUUCUCUCCAGUCUGCAGUGAGUGCACUGCUACUGUUCAGGGAUGGAUAUCACUGUACACAACUCACAGUAAUAGAAAAGUUUUAUAAUGUAAUUAUAUAGAUGGACAAGAAACAGUUUAUGACAACCUUUGACAAUUGGCUCCUUGGCAAUGAACGUCCAUUUAAAGGGUCCACCUUUGAAGUGCAUACCUAAAGUCUACUGAACAAGAAAAAUUUUCUUUGUAACAAGUGAAUUCAUACAAGUGUACAUAACAUGGUUUCUUUUUUUCUUUGGACUUGCAUAAGUUAGUUAUGAUUUCCUUCCAUUAACAUUGCAGCUUCUCAUAGUUGACAGUAUGUGAUGAUAAUCAUAUUGAAGGGAACACUACUUGUUUCAACAUGAGUCUCUAUUACCAGUAUGGUUAUCUUAAUUUCUACAUAUACCCAAAGCUACUCAAAUUUACCCAUCCAUGAUCAGUAUUAGAAUACAUCUUCAUCACAGGAAAUAUAUAUUCUUCAUGUACAUUUUGCAUCGUAAUUAAAAUACAAGUGUUAAGUUCAUUAGUAGUAUUUAAAGAUAUACGUUUUCAAAAGGUGCAGCAUUGUUAAGUAUCUGUAAUGGAAAACAACAAGUCUACCAGCUUCUCCUUUCACAACUUUACAGUCACAGCAUUUGGUUUCUUUAUUAUCUACUUAAAUGGAAGUAAAAACAAAAGUUUAGUAAAUUUAAUAAUUGAAAUAAAUGUGCACAUCUCAUUCUGUCCCAUUUUGAUACCAUGUCCUGAACCAUGAGUGUGCCAUCCUGCCUGGCCAGAGCAAAGAAACCACAGUGUGGCUGUGUUGCUGCUGAUGACUUGUUAAAAGGACAUCAAAAUAAUUAUGGCCUACAAUUCUAGACUGUGAUGUUAAAGCACCUAAAAUGUAUCUCAGAGCUGGCCUCUGUUAUUUGACUUAGUCUUUGGACUUCACAUUAAAAUGUAAUGUGUAAUGUUUCUUGGGAGUAAAGAUGCAGUUUUUACAACUGUAUGUAUCCUCUGUAUCUUUAGUGCAUUGCUUAAAUAUUCUUGCCUUAGCAUUUUGUUUUGGACUUCACUGAAUGGUGAUCAAUUGCCUCAUAAUCUUAGAUCUGAAGAUCCCUAUUUUUUAUAGUAGUAAUACUGAAGCACAAUAUCUAGGAAAAGUGCUAUGAAUCAGUGUUUUCUGCUGUUCUGAAUAAGCUGGGAGAGCUUUUCAGAGCAGUGUGUUAUUUUGUUGGUCUGUUGGUGCAAGCUUAUUUACUGAAUACUGUUUGUGUAAAUUUGUAUAUUGGAUGGAUAAUGUUUUCUCUCAGAAUGAUUUGCAAUAAUCUGAACAAAGUAGUAGACAUUGGAGAUUGUUGAUUGAUAUUUGGUUUUCAUGGUAUAGAUGGCAGUUACAUUGAUGAAAUUUGCUUUAUCAUCAAGUUUCAAGUGAUCAAAUUUAUUAGAUGAGAAGUAUUAAAAAUAAAAUUAUAGUUUGUUUAAAGUAGUGAUUGGAUCACAAUUUGCCUAGAAAAUAUUCACCAUAAUUAAGGCAUUCUGUGUUUGAGGAUGCACUCAUAAUGGCACUAAGAAGGAAGAUUUUCUAAGCGAUCAAUUUUAAGAUAUCUUUUGAAGAGGCAUGAGAAAAUAUGCUUUUAUGUUAUUAAACCCUGCCCUAGAAUUGUUAUACUCCACCUACACCCAAAUGAGGAGUUGAACAUAUGCUAUAGCUUUUCAUAACUAGAAUUAAUGACCAGUCAUGACAUUGUUUAUCUGAAAAGAAUGAAAAUUAAAGAAAAAAGUAACUUCAAUGAGAAAAAAGAAAAUAAUAUAAUAAGUUUUGUAUUAGUUUAUUAUGACUCAUAAUUCUGUUUAGAAUGAAAUUCCCAUACAUAAUAAGUUUUGUAUUAGUUUAUUAUGACUCAUAAUUCUGUUUAGAAUGAAAUUCCCAUAGAAAGUCUCCAGUUAUAUAUUUUCUUCAAAGACAUUAUUUUGGCCAGAAUUUAUCUUAGCUUUAAUCAAUUAUAUUUUGUGCUGUGUCUUCCUGUGGGGAUGUCAAAGGCUGAACAAGUGACUAAAAUGAUCUCUGCCAUGAAUGACUGAUUUCUAUUCAAAGUUCUCAUUAUUACAUCUUUGUUGAAUAUUUUGUAAUCUCAUAUUGAUGUUCUUGAGUUUUCUACUACUUCAGUAAUGUCAGAUAUUGCAAUUAGCAUAAUAUUUCAUAGGCUUGUCUUGUCUUCACAUUAGUGUAUGUAUAUAUGUAUUCAUUUCAAGUAUUCUGAAUAAUAUACGUACUUGAUCCAUGUUA